CAUGUUCAACCGUUUUCACAACCACGUGGUCCGCAACCUGGCUGCCAUCAAUGAAGGAGGCAGGUUUUCCAAGCCCCAGGAUGGAGAUGCGAAGGCAUUUGCCAAAUACGACAACGAUCUUUUUCAGACCGGUCGUCUGACCACCUGUGGACUAUAUAUCAACUGCAUCCUAAAGGACUAUGUGCGAACAAUCCUUAAUAUCAACCGUAUCGAUAGCGAUUGGAGUCUUGAUCCGCGAGCAGAGAAUGCAAAGCCCUUCUUAGGCUCCCCAAUCGCCUCUGCAACAGGAAACCAGGUUUCCGUGGAAUUCAAUCUCAUCUACAGAUGGCAUGCUUGUAUUUCAGAGCGUGAUGUCAAAUGGUCAGAAAAUAUAUUUCGCAAGAUAUUUCCCGGGAGAAACCCUGAAACUAUUCCCACAGAAGAGUUUCUUCGAAAUCUGGGAAAAUUUAGCGCGAAUCUCCCGGAUGACCCUCAAAAACGGGGGUUAGGAUACCUUAAACGCGGACCUGACGGCCUGUUUAACGACGAUGAACUUGUUCAGAUGCUGACUGAGGGAAUCGAGGACUGCGCUGGGGCUUUUGGUGCCAAGGGCGUACCAAAACUCCUACGGCCUGUUGAGAUUCUGGGAAUUAUGCAAGCAAGAUCGUGGAACUUAGCAACCCUCAAUGAAUUUAGGAAACAUUUCCAUCUCAAACCGCACGAGACAUUCGAAGAUAUCAACUCGGACCCAUAUAUUGCUGACCAGCUGAGGCAUCUUUACGAUCAUCCUGAUAAUGUUGAACUUUACCCUGGUGUCGUUGUCGAGGAGGUAAAAGAAGUGAUGAUUCCGGGAAGCGGGCUAUGCCCCAAUUUCACAAUCUCUCGCGCUAUUCUCUCGGAUGCAGUUGCACUCGUUCGUGGAGACCGCUUUUACACUACUGAUUAUACCCCUAAGGCCCUUACCAACUGGGGCUUGAACGAAUGCAACUAUGACCUCAAGGUCAAUAAGGGACAUGUGUUCCACAAACUUAUCUUCAGAGCUUUCCCUCAUCAUUUCAAACGCAAUUCCGUCUACGCUCAUUUCCCAUUCGUUACCCCCUGGGAAAAUUCGAAAAUCCUCUCUGACUUGAGAAUUGCUCAGAAAUACUCCUGGGACAAGCCCGGAAGGAUGAGCCCGCCUGUUAUGAUCAAUUCUCACUCUGCUUGCCGAGCUAUCCUUCGAAAUAAGAGGGAUUUUAAAGUUACCUGGGGUGAAACCAUCGAAUACUUGAUGAAGCGAGAUGGGCGUCCAUUCGGUAAAGACUUCAUGCUUUCAGGGGAUCGUCCGGCCAAUUCAGUAUCCAGAAGGAUACUGCAUGACGCCCUCUAUAUUGAUCGUUGGCGUGAAGAAGUUAGGGCUUUCUAUAAGGAUACUACGCUAAAACUUCUCCACAGCAAGGCAUACAAGUUAGGUGGCACUAUCAACCAAGUAGAUAUUGUCCGUGAUGUUAUAAACAUGGCACAUGUUCAUUUCUGCGCUGCAGUGUUCUCUCUGCCCUUGAAGACCGAGGAGAACCCACGAGGCGUUUAUACUGAAAAGGAACUCUAUGACAUCAUGGCACUUGUUUUCAUAUGCAUAUUCUGUGACACUGACCCGGCGAAAAGUUUUGCUAUUCAUGAGGCAGCGCGGGAAAAAUCUCAGACUCUGGGUCGACUUGUGAUGACAAACGUUGAGCUAAUCAAGAGAACCGGGUUCCUGGCACCUCUGAUUGAUCGAAUUGAUAGACAUGACAAUAUCCUCGCUGACUAUGGUAUACAUAUGAUCCAGCGGUUGCUGGAUACAGGUCUUCCACCUCAGGAUAUUGUCUGGUCGCAUCUCUUGCCUACCGCUGGCGGUAUGGUUGCGAAUCAAGGGCAGCUUUCUUCGCAGUGCCUGGAUUACUACCUUUCUAAAGAAGGCACUGUGCAUCUGCCAGAGAUUCGGAGGCUAUCAAAACUCGAUACUCCAGAGGCCGAUGAUAUCCUUCUUCGAUAGUAAGUUAACUGGUGGACUUUAUCCUAUUUCGUAAACUAACGAUUCUGUAAGUGUUUUAGAAGGGUGUAGGAUGAAAUCUGUCGUUGCUCUCUAUCGCGACGUUGCAGUGACGACCGAAGUCCAAGACGGUGACAUGAAUAUACUAUUGAAACCCAGUCAACGGGUUGCAUGUAAUUUGGUAAGUCCUUAUGGAUUAAUCUGCGUGAUGGUUAUACUGGAACGUGAGGCAUCUGAUGCGAGGGAUUUUUUUUUGAUAAGGUUACUGCGUCCAUGGACCCGACAGUUUUCCCAAACCCCACCAAAGUCGACCUCACUCGAAGUCUAGGAUCUUAUAUUCACUUUGGAUAUGGCCCUCAUACAUGUCUUGGUGCCGAGAUGUGUAAUCUUGCUCUUACCUCAAUGUUGAAGGUCUUCUGCCAAUUAGAAGCCCUCCGACGUACACCAGGACCGCAAGGUCAUCUCAAGACAGCCCCUGGACCAGCUGGCCUAACGCUAUAUAUGCCUGAGGACCAAAGCUGUUAUUCGCCAUUCCCAGUCUCAAUGAAGGUACAAUGGGAUGGAAGUCUGCCGCCAAUCAAAGGGGAGCAAACGGCUAAGAACUAGAAUACUACCUUAUGACGAUUAUGACGAUGAAAGAUUGGGAUGCUGAUUUUCCUGGGGUAUGGUAGGAUCUUAUUACUUUUUGAAGGGAUGGAUAAGAAGCCUGGAGUCCUUUUCUUUUAUUUUCAAGAUAUAGACUUAACAUUCAAUCCUUUAUCAUUAGUUACCUAUCCAAAAAUGAUUGAAAUCCCUGUAUUUCGUCGUGUAUGUGACCACCAGACAUCGGGCCAUUGGC